AUGUUAAUCGAGAUUGUUCCCUUGACUGAGGCUGAUGUCCCCGGCGCUGUAGAAUGUGUACAGAGAGCAUUCACCGAUGACCCUUACUUCCUGUGGGCAUUUAAUGAUCCAUCCAAGUUCAGUGUCCAACGAAACGCAGCCUCACUUGCAGCACAUUUUCAUUACGGGAUUAACUUAGGCGAGCCCAUUUCCAUCGCCAGAGUCACCCGCGCAACUGGCAAUCAGAAAACAGAUCGCGAACUCCAGAUCCCUCCAGGAACUGUCGUCGGUCUUGUUUGGUGGCAUUCUCCUCGAGCAGCUUCUGAGCCACAGACUUGGUCUAUAUGGGCACAAGGAUGGCUCCUCUCCUUCCGACAGCUUAUGAACAACAUUCGCUUCCUUGGUCGUGGUGGCCUUAAUGUCAACCGAUUCUGGGUCUGGAAACAAACGCAACAGGCUGCACAUGAAGCUCUCUGGACAGAUCGUUGUGGAUAUUAUUUUUGCAAUAUCGUAGCCGUCAGCUCCCAGGCUCGCGGCAUGGGGAUCGGUAAGCGUCUCAUGCAGACUGUUAUGGAAAAGGCAGAUCGAGAGUGUGUACCGUGCUAUCUCGAAAGCUCCAAGUCGUAUCCCAAUGUGCCCAUGUAUGAGAAGAUGGGAUUUGAACUUAUCAAAGAGAUAGAAUGUGUGGAAGGAGGUGAUGCUUGCAAACUGUACUGCAUGAUUCGCAAACCCAAAAUCAAGGUCUAG